AUGGAUCCCAUCAAAGGUUCGCUCACGAGUGAGCAAAGACCAACUCAAGCCACAACUAGUUUUAAUCUUGGAAACACUGAAAUGGUGUGGCUCCAGUCGACCAUAUUUUUCUAUGUGCCAGGAACAUCGAAGAUAGUGAAAUGCAGUUGUAUCAGUGCCAGAACCCCCGAACAAUGGUCAUUGGAAACUGGCGAGCGUCAACCAAUCACUGGAACACUGCAAAUUGCAUAUGGAAUCGUUGUUAAUAAAAUCCAAGUGUUCAUUCAAUCGAUACUAAUUUGUGCGGCCAGCCAAGGUGCCGCUGUGAUUUACGUUUUCAUGAAUCUAGUUAACGUGUCUCCUGGAGUCAUAAUUUUCGGACAUGUGCUCUGGCAAUUCGUGCAUGGAGCACCUGUUUUUAUUUAUAUCGCUUUGAAUGAUAUGAUAAGAAAACGGUUUUUUGCAAUGAUAAAAGUCCAGAAAAAAAGUAAUUCAACUGUGGUGGCUUUAUCAAUAAUCAAUCAUUCGGCGCUUGUGCAACACUAA